CUGACACAGCUGUCCCUGUGCGCCAGGUUACCGUUCUGGGCUCCACGGGCCGUGGGGCGUACAAAUAGCUCUCAUGGAAACAUCGGAAGCGCCAUUUCUCUUCCACGCGAUUUGAAGACACCACUGAUGGUCAGAUUAUAGUGUCUCCCUCAUAGUCUUGGCCGCCGGACCAGUUCGCAGUCCCUGUGCUAUGUCGGGAUCGACGAUCCACCUUGCCAACGGGAGGUGCAUCGGUGGCGACGCGCCCUGCUUCAUCGUGGCCGAGAUCGGCCAGAACCACCAAGGCGACGUCGCCAUCGCCAAACAGCUGAUCGACGCGGCCAAGAGGAGCGGCGCUGACUGUGUGAAGCUGCAGAAGUCCAGCCUGCCGGACAAGUUCACGCGCGCCCUCUGUCGGCCGUACGGCGGACCCCACGCCUGGGGCGCCACCUAUGGCCAGCACAAGGCCCACCUGGAGCUCGGCGAGGAGGCCUACAAGGAGCUGCAGGCGCACGCUCGACAGGUCAGGGCAUGCAGGAGGCGUUCGGCGAUGGACCCGGUGUCGGCCGAGUUUCUGCACCGGCUGGACGUGCCGUUCAUCAAGGUGGGCUCCGGAGACGCCAACAACCUGGCGAUGAUCGCGACAAUCGCCAGCCGCGGCCGGCCGCUGGUCGUCUCCACCGGCAUGCAGAGUCUGGCGACGGUGCGGCGCGUCUAUGACCUGGUGCUGCGCCACACCAGCCAGCUGGCGCUGCUGCAGUGCACGUCGGCGUACCCCACGCCGCCUCAGGACGUGCACCUGCGCGUGCUGGAGCAGUACCGGCGCCUGUUCCCGCGCGCCGUGCUCGGCUACUCCGGCCACGAGGAAGGCACCGUCAUCUCUGUGGCCGCCGUCGCCAUGGGGGCCAAGAUCGUGGAGCGUCAUCUGACGCUGGACCGCAGCUGGCGCGGCUCGGACCACGGCAGCUCGCUGGAGCCGACGCAGCUGGCCCAGCUGGUGACGGACGUGCGGCGGCUGGAGCUGGCGCUGGGAUCGCCCGAGAAGGUGGUGCUGCCAGUCGAGCACGCCUGCUGGCUCAAGCUGGGGAAGUCGGCGGUGGCGGCGCGCCAGCUGCCGGCCGGCCACCGGCUGACCGCCGCCGAUCUGCUUGUCAAGGUGGCCGAGCCCAUGGGCUGGCGGCCGGAGCUGCUGCACGAGCUGAUCGGUCGCCGGCUGCGCAGGGACCUGGAAGCCGACCAGAGCGUGACGGAAGACGUGCUGGAGGAGGAGGCUGGGGCGCAGCGGCUGGGGCAGGGCAGGGUCGAGACCUAACAUCGGAGCGGCGCCGCGAGUUCGGCUGGAGGGGAGCAAGCGGGUCAGGUGCGCGGAGGAAUACCUCAGGGCGGGCGGCGGUGGUGUGUGGGGACUGCGCCGAUACAUGAGGAGCGUUUUGAAGCCGGCUGAAGGACGCGAGAUUGGUCGGUAGUGGGAAGAAACGCCAGUACUUGAAUGAGGAUCUAGCGUUCAUUAAUGACUGGCUGCGCCAGAAAACGCUUUCCUAGUGUCGUGACUACUUGUCAAAGUUGGGCUAGACUCGGAAAAUCAUGCGACAGGCAUUUACUUAGUGUCCGCCGCUCAUGUGUCGGCAGAUCCGUCGUUACGGUCAAGUGUUAUGUCAAAUUUCCUUGAGCUUACAACCCAAUAGUCGACGCUGCGAGAUCUGGAGGUAUGACCAUGCUGCAUUACUUGCUCGCCACUUUUUCGAGCAGUUCGCUUUUAUGACCUCAUGUGCGAAAAUGUGUACUGUCAUUCUCGGGCAUUUACCCGGUCGUUGCGAUACCGUACAUUAACUUUUCGUCUAUGUUAUCUCAACAUGAAAACGUUAU